UCUUUCCCUCUGUCUCGCACAGUUUCUCUCUCUCAGGGCAGGUGCACAGUGUGAGGACAAGUGCUAGAGAAUCGCAAGCAUCGCUGCGAUGACCUGGGAUUAUUUCGGGUUCUCCAUGGUCCGCAGCGGCCAGAACAAUGAGACGGUCAUCGCCAUCAACAACCCGGCGGAUAUUUCCGUUAUUGUCAUCUACUUUGUGGUGGUUCUGGCUGUCGGGAUAUGGGCUAUGGUGAGGACGAAUCGCUCCACGGUCGGUGGAUUCUUCUUGGCUGGACGCAGCAUGGUGUGGUGGCCGAUCGGAGCGUCUCUGUUUGCCAGUAACAUCGGCAGCGGGCAUUUCGUGGGUCUGGCAGGGACCGGGGCGGCUGCUGGAAUCGCCAUCGGAGGAUUUGAGUGGAAUGCUCUUGUUGUAGUUCUCAUUCUAGGAUGGAUCUUUGUCCCCAUCUACAUCAAGGCAGGGGUGGUCACCAUGCCCGAGUAUCUGAAGAAACGUUUCGGAGGUCAGCGUAUCCGAAUCUAUCUCUCUGUCCUCUCGCUGGUGCUUUACAUCUUCACUAAGAUCUCUGCGGACAUGUUCUCUGGAGCGAUCUUUAUUAACCAGGCUUUGAAAAUGAACAUCUACUUGGCUGUUAUCAUGCUGCUGCUCAUCACAGCGCUAUAUACCGUCACAGGUGGUCUCGCUGCGGUUAUUUACACAGACACACUGCAAACCAUCAUCAUGGUUGUGGGAUCCUUCAUCCUCAUGGGCUUCGCGUUUAAUGAGGUUGGAGGUUAUGAGGGUCUGCAGGAGAAGUACAUGCUGGCCAUUCCCUCCAACACGGGGAACUACAGUGCAGACUGUUACACUCCUCGCGCAGACUCCUUCCACAUCUUCAGAGAUCCGUUGACUGGGGACAUGCCAUGGCCUGGACUCAUAUUCGGCCUCACCAUCCAGGCAGCGUGGUACUGGUGCACAGACCAGGUGAUCGUCCAACGAUGUCUCUCGGCUAAGAACAUGUCCCACGUGAAGGCCGGCUGUAUCCUGUGUGGCUACCUCAAACUCCUGCCCAUGUUCCUCAUGGUGUUCCCCGGCAUGAUCAGCAGAGUCCUGUAUCCAGAGGAGGUGGCGUGUGUGGUCCCUGAGUUAUGUAAAGAGUACUGUGACACAGAGGUGGGCUGCACCAACAUCGCCUACCCCAAACUAGUGGUGGAUCUCAUGCCUAAUGGUCUCAGGGGUCUGAUGCUGUCUGUCAUGCUGGCGUCUCUGAUGAGCUCGCUCACCUCGAUCUUUAACAGCUCCAGCACGCUCUUCACCAUGGACAUCUACGCCAAAGUCCGCAACAAAGCCACAGAGAAGGAGCUCAUGAUCGCCGGCAGGUUGUUCAUCUUGGUCCUGAUUGGCAUCAGCAUCGCUUGGAUUCCCAUCAUCCAGACGGCUCAGAGUGGGCAGCUCUUCGACUACAUCCAGUCUGUAACGAGUUACUUAGCUCCACCCAUCGCCGCUGUCUUCACACUCGCCAUAUUCUGCAAGAGAGUUAAUGAGCCAGGUGCGUUUUACGGCAUGCUGAUCGGUUUGGCCAUCGGUUUGUCGCGGAUGAUCGCUGAGUUUGUGUAUGGAACAGGAAGCUGUGCGAACCCCAGCGACUGUCCCACCAUCAUCUGUGGAGUGCAUUACCUUUACUUUGGCCUGAUCCUGUACGCUGUGUCACUUCUGGUGGUGCUGGGAAUCUCAUUCAUGACCAAACCCAUCGAUGACAAACAUCUGCACAGGUUGUGUUGGACGUUACGCAACAGUAAAGAGGAGAGGAUCGACCUGGAUGCUGAUGAAUGGACCGAGGAGCAGGACACCGACAUGUGCGUGGAUGAAGAUGGACCCACAUCUGAGCCGAGCUGCUGGAGAAAAGGCUACAACUGGUUCUGUGGAUUCGAGCAGAAUAAAGCACCGAAGCUGACGAAAGAGGAAGAAGCCGAGCUGCAGAAGCAGCUGACGGACACGAGCGAGAAGCCAAUAUGGAGGAACGUAGUAAAUGCUAACGCCAUCAUCCUCCUGUGUGUGUGCGUCUUCUUCCACGGCUUUUUUGGCUAAAGCGAUUGAGUACGUACUCGGGUGCACGUGGAGAGAAAAACGAGAGAGAGAGGGAGAGAGAGAGAGAGCAAGAAAGAGAGAUAGA